AUGAAGACUUCCGUUUCGGCGCUGCCAGCAGCCCAGGGGGCCCCCUGGUCGGCCCGGGGAGAACGAGCGCUCUUCGGGGGCCUCAGUAUUUGCUUCCUGGGAUUCGACGCGGAGAGUCUGCAGACAGCAGCAGCAGCAGCAGCAGCUGCUGCUGCUGCAGCUGCUGCAGCGCAGUGUGACGGGGAGGAAGACGGCGCAGCCGCCCCCGCAGGAGCCUCUGCAGAUGCUGCUGCAGCAGACGCUCUCCUCCAAGUGAUGCAAACAGCAGCAACGGCGGCGGGGGCUCGAGUGCUGGAAGCAACGAGGGAGGGGAUUGCAGCGGCGGGGUUUCUGGUGUGCAACUUUGCUGCUGCAUUUGCCCAGCUCAGCAGGCUGGCUCCCGGGGCGCCGGGGAGGCUUGCAUGCGCAGCACUGCAGCAGCAGCAGCAGCAGCUUUUGGAGGCGCUGCAGCUGGAGCCUUUGCGGCUGCUGAGCCCAUUUUGGCUUUUUGCCUGUCUCCGGGAUGGGCGUCUGUACACCCCAGAAGCCCACGCGCUAUUCCGCGCCUCAGCAGCUCUCACGCCGUCCCACCCUCCCCUGCUGCUGCAGCCGCAGCAGCAGCAGCAGCAGCCGCAGCAGUCGCAGCAGCAGCAGCAGCAGCAGCCGGUGCGCGGGCAGCGCGUGCUGCUGCUGGGGUGCACGCGGAAGCUGCGGCGGGUGCGGCGAGCCCGCGGCCUCACCUACAGCGUCUUGGCUUCAGAUUCUGAAGACAGCAGCAGCAGCUGCGGUGCAGCAGCAGUAGCAGCAGAAAGCGAGGGGGGGCUGGGGCGGGCCUUGUCGGGCCUUGACUGGGAAAUGGCUGCUGCUUGUGUGGAGGGUCUGGGUGGCUGCUGCUUGGCUGCAGCAGCAGUGGCUGCAGCCUUGGAGGCCGCGGCAGCACAGGCUGCAGCGCCGGCAGCUGGAGCUGCUUCUGCAGCAGCAGCAACAGUAGCAGCAGCAGCGACGGAGGAACUGGGAGUUGAAGUUGUCGUCGUGGGAAACCUCCCCUGGCUCCAGAAAAAAGCUGCAGCAGCAGUUUCAGAUAAGGACGGGCUGCUGCUGCCCGCCGCCCGCAGCAGCAGAGCAGCUAGUGGGCUCCCGCAGCGCCGCAAGCGAAGGCUCGGUGCUGCAGCUGAAUUGGCUUUGUUGCUGCAGCUGCAGCAACUUGGUGUUCCCUGUGUGCGUCUCGAGUGGCUCUUUGAUGCUUACCGCUUCGGGCGGGCGCCGCCGUGCGAGCUUUACCCUGUGCCUCUGCAGCAAGUUGCUGCGCCCCCAGCAGCAGCAGCUGCUGCUGCAGCGCGGAGGCAGCAAGUGCUGCACGGCGUGCAAGUCCUCGUGUCCGACUGCCAAGUGGCGCGAGACCCGAACUUGCUGCAGCUCAUUGAAGAAUUGGGAUGUACAGAUUUCACAACUAUCCCUUCUCUCUUGGGCAUUUGCCCGUGGCUUUUUAACUGCCCCGCAACCCGAGAACUCGCUGCAGCACUUUGUGGCUGCAGCAAACGGGUGCAGCUUGUCAGUUCUGCGCUAAGUCGAGCUCAAGACGCAAAGAAAAGGAAUGUGUUAGGCUUUCCGUCAGUGCUGUUUGUGGUCAAGCGAGAAGACUUGUCGGGGCUUCUCGACUUGGCUGCUGUUGCUGCAGAAGCCCUUGAAGGGAUGGCUCUAAGUCAGCAGCAACGAAGAGAUACUGGGAAGGCCUCCAGCAGCCGGAGUUCGCGGCGGCAGCAGGCGCCGCCUUCGCAGCAGCAGCAGCAGCAGAGGAUAGCGAUGUUGCUGUCGGGCGCACAGCAGCGAGUUCUGCAGCAGCUGCCGCCUGCGGCUGCCAAGGAGGCUCAGCAGCUCUGGGAAGAAGCAGCAAAAGCUGCAUUCAACUUAGCAGCAGCUGAUGGGGCCGCUCUCUCGACUCCGCGGAAUCCUGCAGCACUUGCUGAAAGCUGGCCGCUGGCUGUGGCCCCGGAGUGGAUCUCGAGCUGCUGGGCUGAGGCUCGUCGCGUUCCUGCAGAUUCAGCUCAUGGACUUGUGGAGGUGCCCGACUUCUGGGCCGACGCCCUUUCUUCGGACUCCGCUGUGGAAGACGCAGCACUUCUGGCGGCGCUUCAAGACUGCGGGGGGUUGGUAGUUUACGGAGAUCUGCCUGUUACAGCAGACGCCAAAGAGGCUAGGCUUAGGCGAGCGUUGGGAGCUCUUGAACACGCGUUGUUUGUCUCGUGGGACCUUCAGCAGCAGAAGCUUGCGGAGCGUGGCCCCUGA